AGUGAAAAAAAAAAAACAAAUCAAAUUGUCAAAUCGGGAAUUGUUAUGAAAAUAUUUAACGUUCCAUUUUUUCGAUUUUGUAUAUUAAUUCCGUCUCUGAAGCGUUAAUUUCAUAGUUUAUUUGUUAUUUAAUAUUUUUUAUAAUAUUUUCAUCUAAUUUUACUGUUUAACUCGAAUGUAUUUGUGAGAGCGAUGUGUUCAGUUUUACCAUUUGUUUUUCGUUAGCCAGUAGUAUUAUUGGUUGUUUUGGUAUGGAAGAAGUAAGGCAGCUAGUACAGGAGGAAGGUAGGGAAGCGAGGAACCUAGUGGCAUUCCAUGUCGCCGUGGAUACGCCAGCUCGGGUAUCCCGUAAGCCUCCUCGUGCCCUUCCUCCUGUUCGGCGAACGCUACCGAGGGCGUCUCGUCUCCGUUCUGCAUCAGCUGGUCGUGAUAAGCGAUCUGAAUUAAGGGCUCGUUAUUGGGCUUUACUUUUUGGCGAUUUGCAAAGAGCUGUCGGUGAAAUUUACAAUACUGUUGAAUCUCACGAGAACUUAAGCGAGUGUCAAGAAGUUAUACUAGUGCUCGAGAAUUAUACCCGUGAUUUCAAAGCUUUAGGAGAAUGGUUUAGACUGAAAUGGGAAUACGAUAAUACACCCCCACCACAUAGACCACAGAGUUUAGCAUGGGAGAUAAGAAAGACAGAUUUCGUAAGACCAGAGUCAAGACGCACUCACUCUGUAAAGAGCUCACCAUCUGUGUCUGGGAAAAACAGCCCUUGUUUAUCUGGGCAUAAUACUCCCAGUGGAAAAAAUAGCCCCAAUUUAACCGGUAAAGCUAGCCCAGGUAGCGGUAAAAUCAGUCCAAAGAUAACCGCACAGCCUAGCUCUAGUCCCAAAGCAAAUAUUGAAUUUUUUAGUAACAAAAUAGCUACUUCUAAAAUAACCGCAAAACCAGAAGCUAAAAUUGCUACAGAGUCAUCUAGGUUAUCUGACAUCAAAGAAAAAGAUGUAAAAGAUACAUGUGAAGAGAAAUUAUCUAAAAUAAACGCGCAAAAAAAUAAGGAUGACAUUCCGGACAAACAAGAGUCGAAGCUCACGACUGUUGAGAUAGGAACAGUAAAAGAGUACCAGAAUGUUUGCGCAAAACAAGUUAUAAUAAAAUCGCCUAAACAUGCUAAAUCAAAAGUAGCAAUUUCUGAUAAAAUUUCUGAAGACGUUUCUUGCCAGGCUAAAGUGACUGCAGCACAGCUGAAUGCAAUGGAAAGUGAUUUUUUAGAAAAGCAAAUAUCUGCUAAUCAAGCGAAAAAUGAAAAUAUGAUUAACCAAGAUAUCGAGAAAGGAAACGAUAAAACAGAUAUUAUUCCAGAUAUAAUAAUCAAAGAAAAUAUUGAUGACAAAGAAAUGUUUUCCACAGAAUCUCCAACUAAAUCUGAAGAUAACUUUGCUGAUAUUUCAAAUGAAAGCUCUCCCAAAUUAGAAGUUGACAAAAAUAAUAUUGAUAACAUUGAAAUUCGAGCUGAUGAUACUCCGGCUAUUUAUAACAAAUCUAUUGAAACAAUCGAUCCCAUAAAUAAUGAAAAAUCAAACGGAAAAUACAUUGAAGGUAAUGGCAAGGAGAGUGUUUUUGAAAAUAUAAAUCCUCUCAUUAUUGAUCAAAACGAAGAAAUCAGCAAUCUCAGUCGAGUAAAGGAUUCAUUUCCUACAAUAAACAGUGAACUUAAAGUUUUAAAUGAUGAAAUUUUGCAAGUUAUUCAAAAUACAACAGAAUUCGAUAAACAACAAAACAAACAGGAUAUAAAAGUUGAAGUACAAAUGAAGUCGAUAGAAUACAUUGAAAAUGACAUAUUUAAUGGAUUGACCGCAGAAAUACCAAUUAAAGACGAUGAAAAAGAUAAUAAAACUUCUAGUAUAAUAGAGUCUCCGAAAGAUAUGUUAACUGAUGAAGUAGAUGAGAACAAAAAAGAUCAUGAUUUAAAAAAGAAUGAUUUUGCUAAAUCCAGCAUUGACAACAAACAACCUGUUAAACCAGCUUAUUCUCAAGCAGCAGCUAAACCAAAAUCAUUGAACGCAGCUAAAAUAGAAGUAAAAACUCCAACAAGAUUAGCAAGAAGUUCAACGGUUGUAGAAAUGCGACCUUCAACUGUACCUAAGACUCAACGAUCUUUCCAAAAGAAACAUCAAACCAAUAAAUGUAGUUAUCCGUUUAACUUGACAACUGGUCGCACUAGUCUUUUUGACACGAAUCCAACUGGUUCAACUAAUAAAGGUACAUUAUAUAAAAGACCGAUAGAUCGAAACAGAAAUAUGCAGUUAGCGUCUGGUGACGCAAAACCAUUAACAGGUAAAGAAGUCCUUAAAAAACGCCCUCCAAGACCUAGUACUUUUAAGACUGCCGAGCGAAUUGAUAAAAAAGAAAAUAGCAAUGUAACAUUAGAAAAAGAUAAAAAUUGUAAAGAUUAUGGAACUUGUGAUACCGCAAUUGCACAGAUGGAUAUGUCACGAAUAGAAUCGAGCGAGAGUUUGAAAACUCUUGUUCCAGAAGAUCAUCAGGUCUUGCAAGAUGUUGCCAAUUCAAUAGAAGUACUUAACGUCGAUAGUAAUAAAAACGAUAACGAAGGCUGGCUUACUGUGAAGUCAAGGCGAUUGAGUCGAGAAUCAAAGAAACAUUCAAAAUCGCACUGGGCCAAUAGAUUCCAUCAGCCAUCUGCUACAACUAGUCUGCCUACUCUGAAUAUGCUGGAAUCUCCUAAAGAAGAAGUUAAAGAAUUCAUAGAUACAAAAGUGUCGAAUGUCGACCGUGCAAAAUCAGAACAACCCCAAUUAGCUGAAAAAUUGGACGAGAAAAUUGAGAAAGAUAUGGAUCCUGAAAAGGUUAUAAACGUUCCUUCUAAGCCAAAUUAUGAACAUAAAACCAGAGAUCCUUCAAUGAUUAGACAAAAAUCAGAUGUAACUGGCUUAAGAACGAAAUCGUCUCGAAGCAAGGUACUUACUAAGAGAGCUGAGAGAAUAAAAGAUGCGAAACAAGACGAUGAUGCGGAAUUAACGAAAAAUCGAUUGCAUUCUUCUUUGGAGAGUCUUACUACUGCUUUAGCAAGGUCUCAAGAAAGUACUGAAGAAGUAUUUGAUUUUGAUAAGUGGAAAGCGGAAUUCAAAUCCACUUUUAAGUAUUUGGAAGAUGAUGAUCAAAUCCCUGAUCAAAAUGAGAUACUAAAGGCAGCAGAUCCCUCAGAGGUGUCUGAAAUAGCGGAAAUGACGUCACAGAUAGAAGAAAAUGAAAGGAAAAUAAGCUGGGCUUUAGAUUUUCAAUCGGAAGUUGAUCAAAGGAAGCUCUGUGAAGAAGAAGAUUUACUAAAUAGACAAAUAUUGGAACUACAACAAGUUUCAGAUAUUGAUAUUGACACUGAAACGGACGAUACCGAGACGGACGCAGAAAUUCUUUCCGAAGAUCCGUCACCUCAAGCUGGUCCGACAGAAACUCUCGGUUCGCUGGCUGCGAGCUUGGAAGACCAAUACGAGACGGCCCUCGCAGGGAUGUCGUGGGCGGAACGCGUCGAUACUUUGGUCGUUUUGGAAGCCUUGGUUGCUAGGGAUCCAGGUCGAGCGCAACAAUUGCAUGCUAAAUUGUCACAAGGUAUCAAACGUAGAGGCAGCCUUCAAGACGCUUUACGCAGGGUACUAAACUUUACAACAAUGAAAACUGCAACAAAAAUUGUUCAGAAGCUUAGCGACUUCAAAAUACUCCAAGCGAAGCAAGCGAGAGCUGAACGUCAAAGACUAGAAUUUCAGACGGAACGGGCCAAGAAGAUUCACCAGCUCCUGGCGCGGGUCGAGGAAGUAAAGAUAGCGAAAAAUCAAUUGAUUGAAGAGAAAAGAAUCAGGAUGGAGAGGAGACUUCAGAAGGCGACUGAAAAUCGUGAUCAACAUUUGAAGGACAUUGUCCGCAAAGCCCAUGAUGAAGAAGAAAAGUUACGGGAAAUAGCUUUCAUUAAGCAGUUGGAAGCAGAGAACAGACGUCACGAGUUCUUGGAGCAGUGCCGGUCUCACACGACUCGACUGAGGCAGAUGAGGCGCGAUAGACUUCAUAAGCUGGAGCAGAAGGCGGCGCGCGAGGCGGCCGUGGGCGCGCGGCGGCAGGCGCUGGAGGCCGCGCGGCGCCUGCACGUGGCCAGCAUGCUGGAGCGCCGCAGGGAGCGCGACGCGCGCGUCGAGGAGCUGCGCGAGCUGCGGCGCCAGGAGCGCGGGGACGCCGCGCGCGAGAAGGCGGAAGGUGUAAAGUCUCGUCUGUCAGCUUUAGCCGCGGCUGCAGAGUUAGAAGCAGACGCCCUGAGGUCGCGGAUACGGGACAAACAAGACGCAAGUCAACAAAGACUCGAGUCUCAUCUGCAAGCGAUUCGAGAAAAAGCCACGGGACCACGACAAGCCACAACAUCAGAGAGUCAAGACCAAAUUCCUAAAGAAGUAGAAGAAGAAACUGGCAGACAGGACCAAGAAAGGAAAGAGAGAGAGAAACAGAAGGCGAUUAAGAAGAAGGCUAGGAAACUGAAGCAGAAACUACUCGCUGCCGGCCAUUCAAACCCAAUAUUCGAUGACAACAUAACAACACUCGACACGUUCUUAAAUCCAGUUACGAGCAAAGUCUAUCGCGUCAUAAGCUCCAUACGGAACAUCAUCGCCCCAUUGUUACGCGAUACCAAAAACUAUACGAACGGCGUUGAAAACGAAGAAGAGAAAUCUGGGAAGAAGAAAAAAGGUAAAGCAGUUAACGGUGACGUUGAAGCGGAACAGAAGAAAGAUAAAGGUAAAAACAAGAAAGGUAACAGCGAUGUGAAUUCUAACAACGAAGCAAAUGUCAACAGAGAAGUUAAAGAUGCAAUUGGAACUAAACCCGAAGAACCACAUACGAGCCAUCAGCCGCCCGACAAGAGUCCGGAUGAACCUGAGAAAGAGACGAAGAAGAAGAAUAAGAAAAAGAAGAACUCGGAAGAUAAGCCGACGUUGAAUAAAGCUAGUUCAGUUUGUAGCUCGAUGAGUGACACGAGUCGCGGCAGCGGUAGAAACGACAGGAAUACUAAGGUUGAUUUGGACUUGCCGUACCUGGAGAAGCAGAUGAACGAGCUGUACAGAAUAAUGGACAAGUUUGAGAAGCAAAACAUAACAGAGAAGAUGGCCAUACAAAGGUUUCAAGCCGUCAAGGUAAUCGCGCAGAUGCUCGCAGUGGCUGCCGAGAAGGAGGAUCUCAACCCGCCGAUAUCUGCUAAGUGCGUGUGCGCGGGCGCGCUGCUGGUGUCGCGCGCGCUGGCGGCGUGCUCGGCCAGCGCGGCGCAGCUGCUGGCCACCAACACGUGCGUGCACCUCGCCACGCUGCUCGCGCGACAGAUGGACAAAAAUCUUCAAUUCGAUCAGAAGGAAAUGGAACUAGCGAAACAGCUGGCUGACUGUCUCUCCGUCGCCCUGGACUCCGUGCUGUGCGCUAGCCGCAUCCAUGAGGAACAAGGGAACAAGCCCAAGGAAGAGGUGGAUGUGCUGGUCUUCUUGAGGAACAGAGCACAUCAGAUUAUCAGCUACCUCUGCCUUAGCGGUUGUAUAACCCGUGCAGAAAAGGCAGGUGAAGCGCGCGAGAGUAUUCAGACCUUGCUCACGGUCAGCGCAGAUCUCUGCCAUCCUUACUUGCCAGAUAUUGGUGCGGAACGGACGUACGCGAAGCAGGCGCUUCGUACCGCUCUCGGAAAAAGCGUAUGCGGCUCCCGAGCUGAAUUCUGCAUGCUCUUCGCUAAGGGAGCGUCUCUAGGACAAUGCGGGGACUUCGUGCGAGCUGCGAGAACGGCUCACUUGCUACGAGCUAUCGCUGAGAUGGACCAUCAGAUCGUACAGGAAGCAUUUGGUGAAGGCGGAUGGCCGUUGGAGUUCCGCGCGGCUGUCGCGAGGUUGUUCUCUCAGCACGCACCGAAUGAAAAGGAGGCACCGCGGACUACAGCUUUACAUCUGAGCAACCAACGUCUAGAUCAGACUUUGUCAGAGACGAUGGUUCUGGACCUCAUAGUACUCGUCGGCUUCGUGGUGGUCAACAAUCCUCAGCUACAGGAAACAAUCUGCGAGGGCUGGAGUGUGAUCAAAGCUCUGUGUACGCUGCCCGCCAAUUGGCUCGUAUCUCAAGCGAGAAGUCACGCACUGUUACCAACAUUAAUCGCAUUGGCCGAAAGACCGGCGUCCGCUGCUGCUAUUGCCUCCGAAGUCAGCAUGACCAUGCUUGAAGAGUUCUAUGAAAGCCCAGAGGCUCAGAAAAUAAAACUCAUCCAAGUGAUUAAACAGGGGAGGACGAAGAAACCACCAGGAAAGAAGUAAAUACAAGAAUCGACAAUUUUAUAAAACAACUGAACCUAAGGAAAUGAAACUAAAACCGAAUUUAUGACUAAUUUCAAUGUUAAUGACUCACCAAACACUAAUGAUGUUGAAAAACAUAACGAACACAAACCUUAAACGGUACUAAUAGAUACAGCCGAUAGGAAUUUCCAUCAUUUUAAACAUUUAUUUACAUCAGAAAUAGGAACAGUUGAAUAAGUAAUACGAUUAUUUUAAAUCUUAACUGAUUCACUGACGAUACAAAUGAAAUUUGACAUGACAGAAUUAUUGGUCGAUUUGACUGCUAUGGAAUAAAAUUGGCGAAAUAUCUUGUUCACGAUGUGUUGUAAACAAACUGCGUGUGUGGCAGUUGCGUCAUGAUAUUUUAUCUCUUAGGCACUGUUAUUUAAAUACUUAUCUAUUUAUUUUAAUUUACCUUUAUUUAUAAUGUUUUAGACAUUGUUUGUGACAUUUUAAUGUGGGUAUUGUGGAACACUUAACUAUCUUUCUUAACUCCUCCACCCUUUAAGUCCUUCUUUCGAAACAUUCUUAAUUUAAGAAUUGUCUGCGAAAGGAUGAACCUCAUUUCGGAAUCGGUGGUCUCGUCUAUACUAGUCUAAAAUGGUUGUUGCCUUCUUGUAUGUAAAGAGAUAAAAUGUCAUCAGAUGGAUUUAUUUAAAAAAUAAUAAUAAUCAAAGGUCUAAAUAAUUAAUUUAAAUUAUUAAUAUUAUUAUCAUACAAUUUAACGAAAUAAGUUGUGCUUUAAGAAACUGCACUCCAUCGGUUAUUAUUUAGGGUACUUAUUUAUUGAAAUAUAUUAAUUUAUGGUUUCUUUUUUUUUCUAAAAUUAUAUUUUUUGUUUCAAAAACACAGCUUCAUAAAUCUUCAUAUUACGGAAAUAUAUGUAUCAAAAUUUUUGGUAAAUAUUUUAAAGAUACAAAUUAUACAGACACUUUAUCGAACGAUACUUUAUUUGGUAUUCUUGAAGUUUUAACUUCAUUAUUACAAGAAUCAGUUUUAAGUUCUUUGUAAAAGCUUAAAGUUUCCAUCGUUGAAGGUAAUACUUCAGUGCUAGUCGCUCCAAUCGUCCUCGUGACUGUAAAUUGCUUCGUUACGUUACAGAUGUUUUAGAGAAUGAUAUUUUUUUUUGUUGUUUCUAUAUUUAGUUUAAUUAUUUCGUGUUAAUCUUAAUUUAGGUUAGUAUUCGAAUUUGGAAAUUGUAACGGAGAAUGCGAUGCAGAAUAAUUGGAUCGGGGAGUUCUAGGACAUACACGAAACGGUAAGCCCUUAGGUCACCCCGAGUAGCUACUGCGUCGUAUAUCACUGAUUUGUGUUCUCGUACGUCAAAAUAUUUUAACUUUUUUUUUUUUAUAUUUUUUAAUUCAUUCAAUCAAAUUUUGUCUAUACGUUUCUUGAACACUGGGUAUAUUUUUUUGUAUUAAAAAUUGUAUUCUAUUUCUAAAUUAAUAUAUAAUUAAAUUUAAGUUUGUUCCAUAUCAAAGCUAUCGUUUUGAAUUUAAAAAUUUAAUUAUGUAUGUCUCAAAACAUUAUAAAAAAAAACAAAAAAAAAAUUAAUUGUCUAUGAUUACAAUGUGAAAUUAGUAGCUCGCUUUCAACAUAAAAUGAUGCAUAGUUAAUAGUUAAUAGUUGUUGUGAUAGCAUGAUCUUACUAUUGAUGUUAUGUGUUGUAACGAAAAAAACUAAAAAAAAAUAAUAAUAAAAAUA